GAUCAAAAUUGACCUUAUACCACCAUCGCGAUGUCCCAACCUAUUGCUCUUCUAUCGGUCUACGACAAGACCGAUCUCCUCGAUCUUGCACAGGGACUUCACGGUGCUGGAGUCCGCCUGCUUGGUUCGGGAGGUACCGCUAAGAAGAUCAGAGAGGCUGGGAUACCCAUCGAAGAUGUUUCUGACAUCACCAAGGCUCCGGAGAUGCUUGGAGGUCGGGUGAAGACGCUUCAUCCUGCCGUCCAUGGCGGCAUCCUCGCCCGCUCUAUCCCUUCCGAUGAGCAAGAUCUCAAGGCCCAAUCCAUCUCCCCCAUCUCCAUCGUCGUCUGCAACCUCUACCCAUUCACCUCCACCAUCUCCAAACCGAGCUGCACCCUCGCAGACGCCGUCGAAGAGAUCGACAUCGGCGGCGUCACUCUGCUGCGCGCAGCUGCCAAGAACCACGAGCGUGUCUCUGUCCUCUCGGACCCUAGUGACUACCGCGCGUUCUUGCAGGCGUUCCAGCAGUGCCAGGGCGAUGUCGGGCAGGUGCUCCGAAACAGGCUUGCGUUGAAGGCGUUUGAGAUGACUGCAAAGUAUGAUGAUGCGAUUAGCGGGUAUUUCCGCGAGCAGUAUGCGUCGACGCCCGAGAGCGGACCCGUCCAGCGCAUGGUGCUUAGGUACGGCGCUAACCCUCACCAGAAACCAGCACAGACUUUCGUGGCAGAGGGUGAAUUGCCAUUCAAGGUCCUCAGUGGUUCCCCAGGCUACAUCAAUCUCCUAGAUGCCCUCAAUUCUUACGCCCUUGUCAGGGAGUUGCAAGAGGCUUUGAACCUCCCUGCUGCCGCUUCGUUCAAACAUGUGUCCCCUGCUGGUGCUGCCGUGGGUUUAGAACUUGACGAAACCGAGAAGCAGGUGUACGGUGUCGAAGAUCUCAAAGAGCCCCUGACGCCUUUAGCAUGUGCCUACGCUCGCGCUCGAGGUGCCGACCGCAUGUCAUCCUUUGGAGACUUCAUUGCGCUCUCCGCACCCUGCGACCUCGCCACAGCACGCAUCAUCUCCAGAGAAGUAUCAGACGGCAUCAUCGCACCAGGCUACAGUCCCGAGGCGCUAGAUGUUCUCAAAAAGAAGAAGGCAGGAAAGUACUGCGUCCUAGAGAUGGACCCGUCGUAUACACCUUCAGACAUCGAGACCCGCCAAGUGUACGGCAUCAGCCUCCAGCAGCGCCGAAACGACAUAAAAAUCAACGCUAAGCUCUUCGACAACCUCGUCACUAAGAACAAAGACGUUCCAGCACAAGCGCUAACCGACCUCAUCGUCGCGACCCUCGCGGUCAAGUAUACGCAGUCCAACAGCGUAUCAUACGCCAAGAACGGUGCUAUCAUUGGCCUGGGCGCCGGACAGCAAUCGCGCAUCCACUGCACGCGGCUCGCGGGAUCUAAGGCGGAUAGCUGGUGGUUGCGGCACCACCCUCGCGUCCUCGCGCUCCCAUUCAAGAAAGGUGUCAAACGCGCAGAGAAAGCGAACGCGAUCGACCUCUUUGUGAGCGGGGAGGUACUCGAGGGGGGUGAGCGGGCGCAGUGGGAGGGGCAAUUUGCGGAGGUACCGGCGCCUCUGAGUGAAUUGGAGAAGAAAGAGUGGGCGGGGAAGUUGGACGGGGUUGCGUGUUCGAGUGAUGCGUUUUUCCCAUUCGCGGAUAAUGUGCAUCGGGCUAGGAAGAGCGGAGUGCGGUACCUUGCUGCGCCUAGUGGGAGUGUGAUGGACGAGGAGUGUAUCAAGGCUGCGGACGAGCACGAGAUGGUGUUUGCGCACACAUCGCUCAGGCUCUUCCACCACUGAGGAUGGGAGAUUUCGUAAAAUCUAACAGCAGUAGAAUGUAUUUGUUUAUUCUGAAAAUGCAACUCAUAGGGCAGGCAUCUCAUAUCGCAUC